UGACGAAUCACGGGACUGGUCGCUGAUCACGGCAGCCAUGGCAACACAUGGCAGCAGCAGACAGCUGACUGCGGGAGACGCGAAGAAAACAUUGACAAGUUUCUCAACAACUUUUCCGGUAUUUGUUUGACAAAUGAGAAAAGGCUCAACUCAUUGCCAAGUAAGCGUUUGAUUUUAUCUACGCCAGCGCUUCUGCAUGUGCCAUUUGCGACACACGGCGACAGUUGGACACUUAAAAUAUCGAACGAGCGUCGAGAUUGAUUAAGUUGAUAAGUUAGCUAGCAGGCUAACUAAGCUGCUAGUUUAAACCCUGCGCGGGUUGAAGUCGACUGUUAAUGAUGCUAACAGGAGUUAGGUUUGCUCGUGGCCGCAUUUUGCCACCAGCUGGUCGGUUAACGAGUUAGGCGCUUUACGACUAUGUCCGGGGAGCGAGCACCUUUGCCCGGCGGGGGGGACGGCCUACUCCGGGGGAGCCGCCGGACGAGGUCCUACGGCAGCCUGACCCGGUCUCCGCUGUCUCCGGUCCGCCAGAAGCGCAUCGAACACACAAUUCAACCGGGAGAAACACUACAAGGCCUGGCCCUGAAAUAUGGAGUAUCUAUGGAGCAAAUCAAAAGAGCAAACAGACUGUACACAAACGACUCAAUAUUCCUCAAGAAGUCUUUGUCAAUCCCCGUGCUGUCAGACAUGGAUGACUGCAGUAAUGGGGUGGAUUUGGCCGAGGAGGGCAGUGAUGGAGGCAGCGUUAGCUGUGCUUCUGUUCACAAUGGACACAGGGGGAGAACCUCUGAGAAAAAGAAAGAAGAUGGAAAAGAAACGGUGCCGGACCUUACUCCAGAGGAUUUUUUGAAGAGGUUGGAUGGCUUGAUAAGCCAAUCCAAGGAGGCUGCUGUCAAAGGAUGCCAGGAAGCAGAGAAAAGGGUUGCGGCCCUAGAAGCAGCUUGCACCAGCAGGACACCAGAUUGGCGGCCGCUUACAAGGUCACAGAGUGUCUUUUCAUCUUCCAGACUGCAGCAGCAGGCAGCGCAGGGGGCAGUACCCCUCACUAUCACCAAACUCACCAAGACACUGAGAGACAGGGAAGAUGAGAUCUUUGAAUUGUGACAUGCUGCUUCUUCUGCCUCGCUUUCAUUCUGAAAGAAAGUUUUUUUUCCAGAAAGCCAUGUUGCACGGUUUUACCUCCACGGUCGGCUUUGGGGGACCAAAAAAUCGAACCCUGAUGAUCCCACUGCUGCUGUGUAGAGUUCAAGUUUGAAUGUCUUGCCACACUGCCAUUUAAUACAGACAUUAUUACACUGUGUAGUUUAAUUAUUGUUUUUUUUUUUUUAUGAAUGUUGCACAUUUUUGUCUUUAUUUAUUUGGUGAAACAUACUGUAGAAUGUGCCGUCUAGCUUGUUCUCAUAUGCAGGAAAUAGGAGCACGAAAGAUUACAAACGAUAAUUCAGUCACAUGUGAUUUCAGUCAUAUGACUGCUCAUGUGGUCGGCUCGACAACGGGGCGUGUGUGUAACGCUGCCUCUCAUUUCUCAAACUAAAACCUUUAGUUAUAGAAUGUGAAAUAUGUUUCAUCAUAACAGUGCUUAUAAAUGAGGUUUCUGGUUGUUGUCGGUGAAAACUUUACACUGUAACGUAGCCAAAGGUGUAUAAAAAGAAUAGAUGGUGUCUUCCAUAAUAUAUUUUGACAGCAGUCUUUUUAUUGUUUGUUAGGGGUCUGGGUUUGAUUUCAUUUACGUUUUGUGUAGUUCCUUUGAAAAUAAAAUGAUCCCAUGUUAAA